CGUCGGCGAUGGCUGCCGGACCCCGGGACGGCCUCGACGAGGAGUCGCUGCAGGAGCUGCGUAGCCGGGCGACGCGGCUGCUGCUCAAGGAGGACUGGGAGGGGUACGCCGCCGUUUGCUCCCGCAUCGUGCACGGCGCCGCCGCGACGGACCGCCGGGUGCUCUGCUCCGCGCUCGCCCACCGCGCCGACGCCCGCGCGCGCCUCGGCGACCGCCCCGGCGCGCUCGCCGACUGCGACGCCGCGCUCGCCGCCGACCCGACCCACCCGGCCGCGCUGCUCGCCAAGGGCGCGCUCCUCCGCGGCCUCGGCCGCUACGCGCACGCCGCCGACUGCUUCCGCGCCGCGCUCCCUGCGGGCGCCUCCGGCGCCGACGAGGUGCGGGAGAUGCUCGAGCAGUGCAGGCGCCUCGAGGCGCAGGCCAGGAGCGGGGCGGUGGACCUGUCGGAGUGGGUCCUCGCGGGGUUCUCCGGGAAGUGCCCGGACCUCGCGGAGUACGUCGGCCCGGUGGAGGUGCGCCGGUCCGCGCACGGCGGCCGAGGGGUCUUUGCGGUGAAGGGCGUUGAGGCGGGGGCAACGCUGAUGAUCUCCAAGGCGGGGGCGACGGGGAGGGGGGUGAUCCCGGAUGCGGCAGACAGCGACGAGAAGAUGGUGGUCUGGAAAGACUUCGUAGACAAGGUGCUCGACGCCGCGGAAAAGUGCCCGAGGACGGCGUCGUUGAUCUAUGCUCUGUCCACCGGCGAGGAGCAGGAAGACGAGCUCGCCGUGCCGGACAUGGCAGUUUUCAAGCCAGAAUCAGAGGAUCUCAGAGACGGCGUACCGGAGGCUGGCAUUGGCACACGAGAGGCUCUCGAUGUGGACAGGGUCAUGAAGGUGCUCGACGUCAAUUGCUUGACGGAAGACGCGCCGUCCGCCAAUCUGCUCGGCAACAGUGGCAUCGUCAACUGCGGCGUGGGGCUGUGGAUCUUGCCGUCGUUCCUAAACCACUCCUGCCACCCCAACGCCCGGCGCACCCACGUCGGGGACCACGCCGUUGUUCACGCCUCGAGGGACAUCAAGGCCGGGGAGGAGGUCACGUUCCCCUACUUCGACGUGCUCACGCCGGUGGGGAAGCGCCGGGAGGCAGCAAGGGCGUGGGGGUUCGAGUGCCGGUGUGACCGGUGCCGGUUCGAAGCCGAGGACGCCGUUCUCAGGCAGGAGCUCGUGAGAUCAGAAAACGAGUUGUUCAAUGGAGGAGCAGACAUGGGAGCACUGGUGGUGCGGCUUGAGGACAAGAUGAGGAAGUCCAUGGUGAAGGAGAGGCGAAAGGCAUUCGUGCGUGCAUCUUUCUGGAGCGCGUAUUCUUCAUUGUUCGACAAUGGCAGGUUGAUGAGGAAAUGGGGGAGGAUGGUUCCCGGAGAGGCCGUCGUCGCAGAGAGCGUCGCCGGCGCAGUCGGCGGGAGUGAGAGUGUGCUGAGGGCAAUGCUGAGGGGCUCCAACGAUGGCAAUGGCUGCGGCAAUCGACUGGAGGUUGAGGACAAGGUGGUGAGGAUUGGGAGGGCUACCUAUGGCAAGGUAGUGAAGAGGCAGGCAAUGAGGGCUCUCUUCAGACUUACACUGGACGGUGACAACAGCAAAGGCCUCUAGGGCUCCACAAGUUCAUGGCCGUCUUCCUCGUGUUCCUCUCGUGGAUCCUGGUCCACUGGUGGAGCCUGAGGAAGCAGAAGGGGCCACGGUCAUGGCCGGUCAUCGGCGCGACGCUGGAGCAGCUGAGG